AUGGCUAAGAUUUUGGUUUUUCUCUCGGCUCUCCUUGUUUUGGGAGCUGCAGCUCCGCAGAACCUGCAGCAAAGAGGGGGAACUCCACUGCAGGAUCGCAAAACCAAAAUGGACUGGGAGCAGAUAACAAACACGAUCGAGGAAGUUUUCGGCAUCACUUCCGAUGGAAAGCAGAUGGAACAAGACAAACAGCAGGAUGCGGAACAGGCUGCUGAUGAGCGUAAGCGUGAGUUCAUCGAUCGUCAACAGGAAGGGUCGGCUAUAGAAAAUCGCGAGGAGCGCAACCGUGAAGCAAUAGGACGUGCCCAAGGCCGACUGCCGAUACGUGAAGAACGCCGCCGUCAGCAAAAAUCUCGUCAGCAAAAACAAUUGGGCGCGGAAAAACAGACCCAAACGGAUGAUAAGCAAGGUGAAAAAAAGGAUCGUUACUAUAACGAUUUCCCUCUGUACGAGUUCGCUUACGGUGUGCAUGAUCCAUCAACGGGUGACAACAAGGAGCAGUGGGAAAAGCGAGUCGGUGAUCAUGUGAAGGGAAAGUAUACGCUCGAUCAACCCGAUGGUACGAAGCGUGUGGUUGAGUAUGAGGCCGACGACAGGAAUGGAUUUGAGGCAAUUGUAAAGGAAAUCGAUCGUAUCGAUGAUCGUCACCGGGGUAAUAUUCGCUGGGGACAUUCCGAUGCUCCCGUAGCUCAAAGCUACAGCAAACUGAAAAAAGUGGAUUGA